CUGGACUGGAGAGGGGGGGAGGCCUGGCUGUAGUGUUAGCGAGCUACAGAGGGGAAUGGACAACGUUUAAUGCUCAUCUGCAAGAAGAGCCUGGCCGGUACCGGAUUAUUGAGGCUGAGGUCAAAAUCAACAUAUGAGAGUUCAUGGCAAUUAUGGCUGUCGACAAACUGGAGAAACAUAUCCAAGACAUGGACGACGGCAGCUACAUCGAGUUUGAUGUGCCGGAGUUCAGCAACACGGUUCUAACCCAGCUCAAUGAGCUGCGGCUGCAAGGGAAGUUGUGUGACAUCAUCGUUCACAUUCAGGGCCAGCCAUUUCGAGCCCACAAGGCUGUGCUGGCAGCCAGCUCACCCUACUUUCGUGAUCACUCAGCGCUCAGCACAAUGAGUGGCCUUUCCAUCUCGGUCAUCAAGAGCCCUGAGGUUUUCGAGCAGCUUCUCGCAUUCUGCUACACAGGUCAUAUGUCCCUGCAGCUCAAGGAUAUUAUCAGUUUCCUCACUGCUGCCAGCUUUCUGCAGAUGCAGACCAUCAUUGACAAGUGUACCCAAAUCCUUGAGAGCAUCCACUCCAAGAUCAGCCUCCCAGUUAAUGUCUGCAGCCCAGAGAAGGACGACUCGCAGACCAGCCGCAAUGGGGUCAAUGACAGCAACCUCUUUGUAAACCCUACCCAGAUCUCCCCCCCUUACUACUCCCGGCAGAGUCAGGCAGGAUCCGAAGCACGCUUGGAGCUGGCAGGAAAAGGCCUGGGCCGGGGGCGACAGCAUCAAGAGGAAGGCCAGUCGGACCGUGGCAGUAGUGAUAGUGUGUCAGAGCAUGAUGCUCCCAUGGAGGGAGAAACAGAGCAAGUGGAACUUAUUGGCAAAGAUGGGCAAGUAACUGAUGUGCAUGUGAAGAUAGAGAAGACUGAGAGGCCCACUUACUCAGAUAGUUCCUCAGCUGGUGAUGAUGGCUACCACACAGAGUUGGUAGAUGGAGAACAGGUAUUAGCUGUUAGUGUGGGUUCUUAUGGUCCUGUCAUCCAGCCUGCUGCCUAUUCUUACUCAGGGCUGUCCUCCUCAUGCUUUGUCAACCUUAGCAACUCCAGUCCUUCCCGCUCCAUGCUCAGUGGGUUCAGAGGUGGGCGAACCAGGGGAAAGCGCCCCCUGGCCAUCCCAGCAGGGGUGCUCAGUCAUAUCAAACCAGGCUCAGAUGAUGGUGAAUCAGCUGUGGGACCCACAGGGCUGGAGAACGAUGUGCGAGAGCGUAGUCUGCGGAGUCAGUGGUACCCCUACAAUGAAAGACUCAUUUGCAUCUACUGUGGAAAGACCUUCAAUCAGAAAGGGAGCCUGGACCGUCACAUGCGCCUGCACAUGGGAAUUACCCCAUUUGUUUGUAAAUUCUGUGGCAAGAAGUACACAAGAAAAGACCAGCUGGAGUACCACAUCCGGGGCCACACAGACAACAAGCCCUUCCACUGUCAGAUCUGUGGCAAAUGCUUCCCAUUUCAGGGCACCCUUAACCAGCACCUGAGGAAGAAGCACAUAGGAGCAUCAGAGGGCAGCAAUCAUAUGGACUCUCCAGAGACGACGGAGGGAAGCUCGGGUCAGAAGGACCAAGAGGAUACAUCUGAGGGGAUGGCCUUUGAGGCACAAUAUGCAGAAGAGGCACCAGCCAGCGAGAUGGAGGAGAGUUCAAAAUGCAGUCCAGAGGAGGCUCAAGCAUCGAGAUGUGAUUUUUAGGUCCUGCUUCAGGUUUAAGGAAGCUUUAAGAAAUGUUAAUUUCAGCUCAACUUAAAGGACUUUUUUUCUUUUUGAAUCAGCUCCCUCUGCUAAGGACAUUUCUUCCGUCAAGGGUUUCUGUCCAUUUUGUGAAAGUUAGGUGUUGAAUGCAGAGAGCAAAUGGGUGCUUUGUAGAAAUUUGAUUCUUUCAAGCAAAGGGAGUUACUUAGGGAGCUACAACUUACUAUUUUUGAGGAGGUCCCAAUAAUCAAGACCCCCUAAAUAAUUUCUCUUUUUAUCUUUCCAUGUUUUUUUUUUUAAACAUAUUUACAGAGUUAUAUAGGCAUGUUGCAAUAAUUGAUAAUGUGAAAGCUCUGGUAAGAUGCUUGUCAUAUCACCUUUUUACCUGACCUGUUUUUGCACAUGUGGCCACAGGAGGUCACUUACUCACAAGGAAUGAUUUUCUGCCAGUGCAAAGCUUCGUGUGACAUAUCUGUUCAAUACCUCAUGAUGCAACUACAUACUCAUAACAGACAGUAUUUUAACUUAAAUGAAACUCACCAGGUUCUACCUCAUAGCCAAGAACCUACCAGGCACAGACGUGUUCACCGUUUGAAAUCCAUUUUCAGUUAUAUGUACAGUAUCUUAUUGCCAAACCCUGUAAAGAAUAUUCUCUCAACACAAAGCCUUGAUACUUAGGGGAAAUAUUCCUUGAUGAUUGUAUGGAUUAGGGACAAAGUCCAUGUCAAAUGUUUGGUGAUCAGCCAGGUUAAAAUGAUGAUUAAGAAGGUGCUAUGUUAGGAGUGCAUUAAAUUUUGCUAGCUUACAUAUGUGUUUGUUUUUGGCAAAUGCAGAGAUUAGAGAAAAAGAAUGGCCCUGUAUACUUCCAUGAUUUAGCUGUCUUUAUAAUGUUUGUUCCACAGAACACUUAAGGAUUUUAUCUUUAAUCACUACUAGAGAAGUCACUCUGUUGGCCAAGGUGCGGUUUUAGAGGCUGUCGUCCAUGAAAUGGGUGAAUUACGUCCAUACAAUGAAGUCAUUUGUAUUCCUCUAUACUCUGGUGGCAGAUUUAUACUGAAUUAUAAUAUGUGUAACAUGUUUUGUCCUGAGGUAGGCUUCUUCUACGUUCAAACUCAGUGUCUAACAGAGACAAGAGUACUCAUUGUCAACUCAGCACAUUAAGGAACAGCUCCGAAUCUGUUCACAUAAAUCAAUAGUAUGCUAGUCUCAAUAAUAUGCAAACAGAAAGAACUAAGGAAUCUCAGCCAUUCUGAAAUGGUUUUUCUUCCAUUGUUUGAAAGAGCAAUUUGUGUUUUUUUUUUUUUUUUCUUUUUCCCUUUUUCGUCAUUCUGCCCUACCUUUAUGAUGGGACGGAUGAUAUGUGAUCUUUGUUCUCUGCAUUGUUACGGGGUCAAAUGCAGAAUUGGAAUAUGUUUUCCUCAUUUGUCUAUCCUACUUUAUGGUGUUGGCAUAGACUUGGCUAGAUUAAGGCUAAGAGGUAAAUAUUGUUAGAGGUAGCUGGUGAUCCAAAGUAUUGAUGCACUUUGCAGAGUUAGUAGGCAGGAUGGGUGUCAUCCCUCUUACAAAAUUAGCUAAUCUCUGUCUUAAGUCUGAUACGGCAGUGUCAGAGUAGUACUAUCCUCACAGCAGUGAUUUUUCCUCCGGGUAAAAGUCAGUACUACAUGAUGUGAGCUCAAAUGAGACUCUGCAAUCACAUUAAUACUAUUGGCUACAAGUCAUGCAUAUGACAACAUUGUAUUUUAUCUAUAAUAUUUGAACCAUGGGGGUUGGGGAAGCUAUUAGUAUAUAGUCUUGGUUUUAUUUCCAUUGUGAUUUAAAAGAAUCUGCAUUCACGGUAAAUGCAUAAAAAGGCACUUAUAAGGCCUGAUUGAUUAUCCUAUCAUAGCAUUUUGCAAAUUUAAUACUCAGCUGGGUGGUCCUUUUUGUGCUAUCCUGCUUUAUUUGCCAUCCAGCUAUUUAACUUUUUUGAAGAGCACCUGCUAUAUGCUUCUAUUUGGUUCCAUCUGGUCCAUGCUGAAUUUGUGUCAAUGAAUUGAGUUUGAUUAUUUUCCAGUUUUCAUAUGAUUUUUUAAAAAACUUUUUGUGCAUUUUUGUGGGAGAAUAUUUUGUUUUCUCAAUGAUGUCUUACGUCAAGAGUGCAGUCCUUUUUAUUCCACUGAAUGUGCGGUCAUCGUCGCUUCACUCAUUGACAGUAAAGAUAGCAAACCAAAUUUUAGGGAAUUUUGCAAGAAUCGGUAUAGCUAGCUUUUCAUUAUCUUUUUUUGUACGGAUUUAUCACUAACACGUUUGGUCAUCGUCACCCUCAGUCUGUCAAGCCUAUAGAUUCUUUUUAGAUGAAUGUUUACUAAGUCAAGUUUAUUUUCUGCCAGCUGCUGAUGUGUUGUACAGAUGUGACAGCUGAUCUGACCUCACCAAAAUCAGCUGCUGACUAAUUAUAAUCUGCCUAUGAUGACUCUUGCCCUUCAUAAACAGUAGAGGAAAGGAGGAAAUGAGUGCCCUCUUGCGAUACUGUCAGUAAUGUUUUGUGAGUACAAGGUACAAACUGCUAAAGUAAUUUUGUGCCAAGAGUUCACACCAAAGACUAAUAGGUGAUUUUUAGCAGUACAGUUUUCGUGUAUUUCGUAAUUGAAUGCUUAUUAAGAAAAAUAGGUUCUUACUUUUAAUGUAGGCCUAGUUCAUGGCUAUUUGCAAGGAAUGUACGUUCCCAGCUUAAAACAAUCACUUGUGUAAAAUUUGAACAAUUUGCUAAGAAGGCAUUAAGCAGCUAAGUCAUAAUUAGCUUCAUCUAUUAAGCCAUAAACAGUGGACAAUAUAAAAGUUGUGCAAUAGGUAUUGUAAUUGUUUAAAGCCAAUGUAAACAAAAGAGAGAAUACUUCACAAAAAGUGGCAUCUUAAACUUAGUGCCUUGCCACAAGCUUUACAUUGUAGAUUCUGGCACUUCGAUUUCUGUGCCUCUUUCCUUUUUAAAUUGAUUGAAUAGAGAGAUUAUAAUCAAAUGCGGCCACAUGGUUUAUUGUAAAGUGGUUCUAGAAAUGAAUAGAAAUAUAUAAUGUCUCGUCCAGUUUGUACUUUUUCAGCUUCAGUUCUGCUCCCUGCUUUUAUCGCUUUUUAAAAAUCAUUUGGUUAGUUUUUUGUUUUUUUUUUGUCAGGGAAGGACGACUGAUUAUAAAGUAGCAAUUGAUUACAAUCAAAUGAGGCAGACUUGUUCCCUGCAAGCCUUUGCCUCAUGUUCAUAGACUAUACUGUAUCCCUCCUCUCUAACCACUGAGGACAUUUUUUGCAAUGUACUGUAGUUUUAGACAUUUCAAAUAAGGAAGGAGAUGCAUGAGAAACACAAAUCUACUUCCUCUCUGUUCUCUCAGAGCAUCUGGCAAGGUAACAGCUGUUUUUUUUUUUGGUUUUUUUUAGCAGAUAAACAAUAUUUGUGGAAGAAAAAAAAACAAGCUUACCCUCAUAUACUGUAGCUGAAUUGCACGUCGCUCAACCACAAAAUUGUAUAAAAUUGCCAAUGGAUCAUUUUAAAACUUGAGUUCUUGUCAUCAGUUGUGCACUUAGUUUUUCGUUGAUUAUACAUAAGAAUUCCAUCCGGACAGUCUAGUGUAUUUCUGUAGUUACCCUUAAGGAGCUCAGCUAUAAUGGCCUCAGUCACUUGGGUAGGGACCUUUUAUCCCCUUAAAUGGUGCUUUUAGACUAGUCAGGUUAUUUUUUUGUUCUUAUCAAAUGAGUAAGUCCAUGUAUUCAUCAAAGAUGAAUGGAGGUGAAACUGUUAAAAUGCUUUUCAUGACCUAUAGUUACUAAGUAAGUAAUUGUAGACACACAUACAGAUCCAACUGAACUUGAGACACACACACACACACACACUCGAAUUGACUCUUUGUCAACUCUUUGUUCUGCGCUUAUGAGAGGAACAGGAGAAGCAUUAUGGGCCACAAGUAAUCAAAAGGAAGUGUUUACAGGAAAGGCUGUCAGACUACUUUUUAAAAUUGCAGCUCGUCCUUAUUCCUUUUAUAAUAAACUCACUUCAGGUAGUUUACGAACACUGAUACAGGCUUAGAAAAAAAUCUUAAGUCUUCCAUAGCUUUUCUGUCAGUUUCUGUCCACUGUGUAUUAUUUAAAAAAAGAAAAAAAAGCAAUAACCUUUUUAAAAGUGGUGUAUUGGGAUCAUCAAGCAUAUUAAAAAUAUUGGCCUGUCAUAUGUCAAACAAACUGAAUGUCAGGGAGCUGUUGAAUUGAAGUAGGACCAGGACAAUUUGAUAUUGAUUUAUUUUUUAUAUAUUUUUUGAAACUUUGGACAGGUUGACUUCCUCUUCCGAAAAAAAAUUGAUAUAUAAAUGAACAACUGGUGUUGCUUGCUGGUGAUCUAAAAGCUCAUUGAAAAAAUCCAGUGGUAGUCAGUGAACUGCAACACUAGAACUGAGCGUGUGGUUCAGUCAUCAACUCAGUGGCACUGUUCAGAGUUGCACCUCCAGCUGUGUCAAAUAAUGAAAGGGAUUUUGGGCUGUAUAGCCACUGUUUGGGAGUGGGCUACCUGUUGUCACGUUAAGGUUCAGUGGUCUUCUUUGGAUCCUCAGGCACUGAGACUGUAGUUGUAGUUGUUCAGGAUCAGAUGGGAAUUGUUCAGUCUAACUAUUGUUCCUUUUUCCUUUUACAACUCCCUAAACUCUGCACUAUAAUGUCUCUGGCUCAUAUGUAUUUGGUGACAAGGCAAAAAAAAACUUAGAACUCAGGGUAUCUAGUGUUAAAAGUGGUCUCAUUGGACAUGCAUCUUAUGUCCAUAGUAUAAUUGUGCACUUCUUUUCAGGUGGGGAAACAAGUCCUCAGUCAGUGGUUCCCAUUCCCAAACAUUCUGCCUCAAGGUCUCAAUGAGCCCAUAUUUUCCACAGAGCUGAAGCUCGAGGACCAGCGGAGACCAUGAACUGAACCAUGACAACAGAUCUGCCCUAACUCCUGUUUUGUCCACUCUACAUACAACCUCACAACCCAACUGUGAACCUCAGAACUCUACUGUUUUGUACAACUAUGAAGUAAAUGAAGCUAGCUAGAGCUGAUGUUGUAUCUAUUGCCAUUUAUGAAUUUAUUUUAUAGCAUGAAAUAAAAAUAUAUUUAUUCAAAUUAUAUAUUUUACUCAUAAUCAUUCUGUGCUGCUUCAUUUUGGUUCUUAAGCUUGUAAAUUGCUUUUUUAUUAUAUAAAAAAUGUCAAUAGAAUAAUGCGUUUGUUUGUAAAAUAAAGACGCUGA